CAAACAAAGUUAAAUUUCUGCGACAGAGAUAAGAAUUAGUAAGACCACUGUCAGAAAUUCAGUUCAAUUUACGGCGUAACUUAAAAAAGAGAUGACGGCUUUGCGUCGAAUGAAGGACUUAAUGCUCUUUAUUUUGGCAUCGUACCAUCUUUGUCAGGUACAUUGUCGAAUAUCAACCGAAAUUAUCGCGAUAAAAAGAUUUUUACACGGGUGUCCAUUCGCUUUUCCGUGUAUGCUACCGCCAUGCGACAACCCCGUGUUUGGGCCUGGGAACUGCUGUGGAUCGUGUCCGGAGUCUGACACAACCCCGGUCGCCACACCAUAUGCGAGUCAGGGCGAAUCUGCGGUCACAAUCAAUCACCUGCCGUUGCAGAACAAUGCUGUGAGGUUCAGACGCGUUCCAUACGUUAGGACACUGUCCAAUCCUAAACCGGUCAAGAGAUGGACUGGAAUUCCGACCACAACCGAAAAUCCACCGACCACCACCGAAAAUCCAUUGUUUGUGUCUUGUUUGCCAGGAACGAAACGCUGUAGCCCGUUGGUUUUCACGCUCCCAACAGAACCCCCGCAAACAACAACAACGCCACCUACAACUACAGAUUGUCCAUACCCGUGCACUUUCCGUGGACAUCAUUACUGUUUCCCGUUGCCAUGUAUGAUUACGUGCGUGGAUGCUGUAAGGCCGCCGGGUGGAUGCUGUUACGAGUGCCCGAACGGUCCGAAUUGUGAUUACCAGGGCACCGUCAUACCGGAAGGACAGAACGUCACCGUGGACGGCGGGGUUGUGGUGUUCUGUUCCCGCGGUGGUUAUAGAGGAUCUGUGACGGUUUAUGGAGUCCCCGGGGUCCUCGGCUAAUAAAUGCCUGCGAUAAUGCCAUGUUAAAAGAAAUAAUCACAAGAAAUAAAACACACACACACAUAUAUACACACACAUAUAUAUGUACAUGUAUUUAUAGUGUGAUAGGUUUCUUGAAAGUGCUUCACAAAUAAUACAUGUAUGUAAAAUGACGAUGCUUCUGUUUAAACUUCUAAAGUAAGUAAGUUCUGUUUAACAUUCGGUCGUGUCUAUAAAGCUCAUCAGAGCAAUCUUAAGUCGCAUCAGCACAAAUCGCAAUGUUUACACAUUUUAUGCUUUUUAUCUGGUAUAAUAAGAAGCAAAUCAGAUAAGUCGCAUACUUAAAUAAGCGUGAGAUUAAAAGGACUUGCCAGUAGACGUGCGGAAAUAACCGCUGCGCUGAGUUUGCAUACUGUAUGUGGCCCACUGGCGAAGAAUCACAACCCAUAUUCGCGGAAGCCAAUAUUGCUGCUGCUUCUUUGGUCAUUCUGUAACGCUUCCUGUUCUUGAUAUUUGUCAUCAAUUACUGGUUUGAUACUCCGCUAAACCUUAACCUAUUACGUAAUCUUUCGCAAAGGACCGAUGAGCAGUGUAUCAACUGCUUCACACCGGUACUUAAAGAAUCAAUGGAACGGAGCGUCUCCUAAAUCUCGCACUGUCCCUAGUAAUCCAACUGACAGGUUCUCAAAAGAGGGGAUUGUUCUGUGAGAAAUGCCAGAUGCACAUAUACAUAUUCAGAAUAAAACAUUUCUAGUCGGCUGGAAAGUGCAAGUGUAAUCUGGCCCCUGGUAAACCAGGCUUGAAUACAUGCAAACGUUCUUUAUAUCAGGAUUGUUAUAUGAGUCGAGAUGUUGAUCUAUUGAUCACUUGCCAUAAAUGAAUGACCUAGCAAUUAUAAUAAAACUCCAUUGCCACUUUGUUUAUAUUUAAAUGCCUUGAAAAUAUUAAUAUGUUCACUAAGACUUAAGCUGUAUCAUUGAUCUCGAAUCCUUUACUUAAAGAAAUCUUGCGCAGAAGCGAAAUAUGAGAGACAGACGUAAAUGGGCUUUUAUCAAACUUUCAUGAAAAUGAUUAAUGUGACGCCCCGACCAAAUUAAAGGCGCUUAUCGGCGGUAUUUUCUAUAUACAAAGACGUGUUUUAAAAUGCAUAUCGUUCUCUUCACAAAUUCACGCAUUUUUUAAAUGCAUAUCAUUCUCUUCACAAAUUCACGCAUUUUAUAAAAUAUCAAGUAGACAGGUAAAUAUUUAAUUGAUAGACACUGUACAAAUGCGGAUUCAAAGUUGCAGUGGGAUCUACCAACACAUACAUAAAUUGUAGAAUACUUAUAUGAAAAUAAAACAGCACAACAGUACCGUUAUCAAUAAUGUUUGUGCUUGAUCAUGGUGCAUGUUCUCGCAUAUAAAAUUAUUAACGAUGUUUUAGUACUACAUGAUUUAAUAUUACUGAUGUUCGUGCCGGCGAAACGUGUCUUUGACCACUUGUUUAAGAUACAUUUUAGGAAAACGACUUUCAUUUGUUCCAUAUUACCUUAUAAGACCUUAUUUACGGACGCUAAUUUGUGCUAUAGGCAAUCUUGUCACCAAACCAAUCGAUUAACAAAACCUUUGUCAUAAUUAACAUACUAAAAUAUUAAAAACAAACACAUUUAAAGAAUAAUUACAAAUACAUAGUGACUUAAGAGUGCCGUUUAAAUGUUAAAAAUACUAUGAAGUAAUUGUGUUUUCAAAUAUUUUAGCGAAGACAAUUUUGUACAAAAUUUCUUAUCGCCAAAGUUACGAAUAUAUUGGAUAACGUUAAAACGGUGAAAUUGUCUCUCGCGAUACCAAAAAAAAAAGUUAUGUUCCGCCGCAGAGAUAAGACCUAUUUAGAUCUCAUGACUGUCAGAAAUUUAGUUCAGUUUACAACGUUGUUUUGAAAAGGAGACGUCUUCUUCACAUCAAAUGAAGGACUGAUUGCUUUUAAUUUUAACAGCGUAUCAUGUUUUUCUGGUACAUUGUCGACUUACACCCGAAAGCAUCGCGAUCAAGAGAUUUUUACACGGGUGUCCAUUCGCUCUUCCGUGUAUGCUUCCGCCCUGCGACAACUCCGUGUUUGGGCCUGGGAACUGCUGUGGAUUGUGUCCGGAGCCUGACACUACCUCGGUCGCCACUCAGUCUGCUGCAACCCACGGUGAACUUGGUGUCACAAUCAAUCAUCUGCCGUCGCAGAACAAUGUUGGCAGACACAAGCGCUUUACUUCACGCGUCCGACAACAACAACAAUACCCAUGUACUUUCCGUGGACAGCAUUUCUGUCACCCGCUGCCAUGCCAUAUUACUUGCGUGGAUGGUGUACGACCGCCUGGCGCGUGCUGCUACGAAUGCCCCAACGGUUUGUAACCACCGUCGGAGUUUAUCUCGAUUGGUCCGAACUGUAUGUUCGAGGGUACCGUCAUACCGGAAGGACAGAACGCAACUGUGGACAGCGGAGAGGUGGUGUUCUGUUCCAGCGGGGAUUUGCACGGCGGAUCUGUGAUAGUUUAUCCAGUUCCCGGGGUCGUCGGCUAACGCAUCCCAGGCCACGGCAGAUCUGGGAUGGUUUUAUCCAUGUGCUGCGGGCGUCGGCUAAAAAUGUCUGCGAUUAUAUUUCAUUUCAUGUUUUUAAAAAGCUUCCACUCGAAAUAAACUCUACAGAGAUCUUAAA